AUGGGCGCCGACGACCCCCUCCCGGUCGUCUCCUUCCGCCUCGUGGCCGGCGCGUCCGACUACCUGAAAAUCAACGGCCUGAACGACCAGCAGGCGCGCUCGUACGGCUUCAACGACGGGCAGGACUGGGAGCGGCCGGAGCACUACGUCCGGCACGUGGACGCGGCCGAGGCCGAUCUGGGGACGCAGGUGGAGUACGACAUGGACGAGCAGGACGCCGAGUGGCUCGAGGCCGUGAAUACGGAGAGGCGGGCCGCGCAGUUGGGCAAGGUCUCGCCGGAGAUAUUCGAGGUGAUCAUGGACCGGUUCGAGAAGGAGCAUUUUGAUCUGCAGAAGGCUGCCGGCGGCGGCAGGGAGGGCGAGAUGGCGGGGGCGGAGGACGCGCAGUGCGCUGUGUGCGAGGACAGCGAGGGCGAGAACACGAACGCGAUCGUGUUCUGCGACGGGUGCAACCUCGCCGUGCACCAGGACUGCUACGGGGUGCCGUACAUCCCCGAGGGCCAGUGGCUGUGCCGCAAGUGCGCGCUCUCGCCCGAGGUGCCCGUGAGCUGCGCGCUGUGCCCGGCAGAGGGCGGCGCGUUCAAGCAGGACAGCCGCGGCGAGUGGGUCCACUUGUUGUGUGCGAUAUGGAUCCCGGAGACGAGCGUGAUGAACGAGAUGUUCAUGGAGCCGGUGCUCGGCACGGACAGGAUACCGAGGCAGCGCUGGAGGCUCAAGUGCACGCUGUGCGACGACCCAGAGGGCGCGUGUAUACAGUGCAACAACCGCAACUGCUACGUCGCCUUUCAUGUCACUUGUGCAAGGAAGCACAAGUUGCUGGGGCCGAUGAAGUCUGCCGGUCCGGGUUUGGACGCGCCACAGCUUCAGGCGUUCUGCGAGAAGCAUGUUCCUCCAGAACGCGUCCAAUCCCGCCUCGACGCUCUCGCGGCAGACGCAGAGAAAGCAGCAGCCCUCGCGCGCGACCCCAAAGCGGCCAAAGCGGCCCGCGCGCACGCCAAAGGCUACGCCCCGCGCGCACCGCUCGUGCCCGCCAUCGUCAUACAGAACGUCGAGAGAUACGUCGACAAGGUCAAGAUACGCAAGGGCACCGAGUUCAUCGAGCUCGCCGCGCGAUACUGGUCGCUCAAGCGCGAAGCACGACGUGGUGCACCGCUCUUAAGACGCCUGCAUCUCGAGCAGUCUACGGGCGUACGCACAACAGACGCGCAGGAGCGGCUCAAGAAGCUCGAGCGCACGAAAUCCCUCCUCGAAGAACUCCAAACCCUCGCCGCGCUCGCCGCCUCCACAGUCCAGCGCGAGCGCCUCAAGCGCGACACCGCCCUCGCGCAGCACGCGCUCCUCUCGUCCCUCCUCUUCCCGCACGCCGCGGCGCUCCGCACAACGUUCGAGCGCAUCCGCGCGCACGACAAGAGCGACGUGUUCCUGCACCCCGUGAGCCGGAGCGAGUACCCGGGGUACUACGACGUUAUAGCGCGGCCUAUGUGCUGGAGCGUUAUCGAUGCGAGGCUGGAGGGGCACGAGUAUUGGGAUAUACAAGAUUUUCGGGACGAUGUCAAUUUGGUGCUGGACAACGCGCGGACGUUCAACCCGCCGAGCCAUUCGGUGUAUAAGCUCGCGACAAGGAUUGGCAACUUUGCGGGGCCGCUGUUGGGGGAGCUGGAGAGGUUUCGGACGAGCGCGCCGGGGGAGGUCGCGCGCAUGGAGGAGUAUGGGAAGGAUGAUGUAGAUGAGGCGAAGGAGGGAGAGGUUGAGAAGGGAGAAGGAAGUGGAGGUGCGGCUAAGGAGGGCGAAAAGCCUGGUGAAGUGGAGAAGGAGGGCGAGAAGGUUGUCAACGAGACGGUCGGGGAGGGAGGGGAGCCCAUGGAGGUGGACGGCGAUACGAAGGUUGCCACGGACGACGGAUCGAAGGAAGGCGAAGGUGCGGCGGAGAGUGCAGCCGCAGUGGUUGGCGUCCCAGAGCCGUCUAAGGCUACGGAGGACGAGAAAGCGGAGGAAGAUGCACCGAUGGAGGUGGAUGGAUGCGGAGAGAAGCCCGCUGGGCAGGUGGCGGAUGCUGGUACGGAGGUUGCUACGGAGGAUGUAGCGAAGGAAGGCACAGGUGCUACGGAGAGUACUGCUGAGGCGCCCGUAGAGGUGGAUGCUGCAGAGCCAGCUAAAGCUACGGAAGACGAGAAGGCGGAGGACGGGGCACCAAUGGAGGUGGAUGGAGAUGAAGAGGAGCGUGCUGAGGAGGCGGCGGAAGCCAGUACGAAGGAUGCUACGGACGAUGGAGCGAAGGAAGACGAAGGUGCUGCUGAGGUAGCCGCGGAGAAGGUCGCUGCAGAAACGACCAAGGCUGCAAAGGAGAAGAGGGAGGAAGGUGCACCAAUGGAGGUAGAUGGAGAUGGAGAGAGGCCUGCUGAGGAGACGGCGGAGACCACCACGAAGGAACCUGGAGGAGAUCGGGCGAAGGAGGGUGACACCACGUCUGAAGGUCCAGCUGUGGCAGAGCCAGGAGAUGGUGCGCCAAAACCCACAGGGGAAGCAAAAGCAGAAGUCGCCGUCUCUGGCGAAACACACUCCUCUCGCCCUACCCAAGCAGAUACAGAAGCGGAAUCACCUAUGGACAUCGACGCCAACCACGACACCGCACGCACGGACAAACCGGGUGGGUCCACCGGGGACAAAGUUGAAGAGCAGAAGGAGAAGGACAACCCCACGGCAAACGGCGAGCCCGCCUCGGACAUCGAGCAAUCCGACGUCACGGACCCUCAAUCCGUAGCAGACAUCGCAAAGCCUGAUCUCGGAGCGGAGGACAUGAGCGAUGCGAAGCCGACAGAGCCCACAGCGGACGGCGAGAUGAACGUGCUGCCGUCGGGCGCCGACGCGGGCGCUUCUGUCGGCGCUGUCGGUGCCGAUGCGGGCGCUUCUGCCGACGCAGGCGCUUCGAACGAGACGGGCGUUUCAGUCGACGAAGGCGCUCCCUCCGGCCCGGGCACAUCCACUGACCCGGGCGCUUCCACCGACCUGGGCGCCUCCCUCGCUGCAGACGCUCAGGUCGACCCGAGCGCUUCGCACGCUACAGAGCAAGCGCCCGUGCCUGUUUCUCCUCCUGCACCAGCUGAGCCCGCCGAAUCCGAGUCCGGCGAGUGCGUCGCAGAGGAAACGCCGGUGCCUGCGUCUGUGAAGGAGCUUACGCCCCUUGCACCUGAGUCUCCGCCCCGCACUGCUCGGGAUAUCGAAGAGGCUGCUGUUCCUGCUACGGAUGGCGAUGUAUUGGCGAAGGACGCUGGAUCUGCACCAGCAGUCGAAGGAAGCGCGCAGGUGACAGCAAGCCCAGAACCCAUCGUGCGUGAGGACUCGACUACGAAAGACGAUGCGCCCGCGACAGAAGACGAUUCUCCUGCGCCGAUGAACGUCGGGCACGAGGCUACUCCUGAGAUCGCUUAUGUGGUGAGGGAACGGGCGAAGGGGAAAGAGCCAGCGCCAGCAAUCGAAGGCGACGCGCAGGUGACCGCCAGCCCAGAACCCAUUGUGCGGGACGGCUCGUCUGCGAAAGACGAUGCGCCCGCGACAGAAGACGAUUCCCCUGCGCCGAUGGACGUCGGGCACGAGGCUACUCCCGAGAUCGGUUAUGUGGUGAAGGAGAGGGCGAAGGAGAAAACGCCAGAGCUUCCGAAGGACCCCAAGCAUGUUAUCGGCGAUCUCGAGCCGCCGAUCGCGCUGCUGUCGCUGUUGCGCUCGUCGCUUAUUGCGGAGGAGGCGCCUGUGCGUAUACGUGGUACACCGCUUGAGGCGCUCUUCUCGUACGAAAUGCCCAUCGAGAAACCCAAACCGGCGCAACCAUCGCAACCAGCGCAACUCAAGAAAACGCGCAAGAAGGCGCCCGCUGCUCCGCGCGCCAGGAGGACAGAUACGCCUCAACAAGCGGAAGCAGGCCCCUCACGUCUUCCCGCCACACCUCCUCCACAAACCGCAGCACUCGCGAGUACCCCGCGCGCCGCGACGGCCACACCAGGCGCUUCAACCUCGCACGCCCCGCGCCAUCGUGCCGCACCAAACAGACAUCUUCCGGGUGUAACGACCGUAGCCGAGGUGGUCGACCAUGUGACGAACCACGACUCGUUCCUUCGCUUCAACGAGGGCUGGAUUUUACCGGAGAACGAGAAGAGACGUCGGACUACGCGCACUGCGCCUGAUCUUGCUCCACAACCUCCUCUGAAGAAGAGGAAACGGGAUAAGGGGAGCAGUGUUGGUAUGAGUACGCCGAGCGUUGGUGGGAGGUCAGAGUUGCCGGUCGCGGCGGCGCCUGCAGCAGCACAUCCGCCAGCGUCUACUUCGGUAGCUGAAGGAGAGGCGCCGAUGGACGUCGAUGUGCCCGAGCGAGAGAACAAAGAUCUCGAUGCGGCGCACACUCUCCAGAUGCUUCGCAGUAGGUCGCAACACCCGCAAGACGAGCAACCUACAGAGCCAUUACAAGACGGCGAACCCCCAUCUCUCGAGGAUCCCACCCAACUCCCGCCUCCUCGCGCUCUCGUCGGACCAGGCAUGCCAGGAUCAGGCGCGCCCGGACCAGCCGCGCCAUCCCACGAGUCGACGCCCCAGUUCGAGGCAUUCGCGUUGCGCCCAGUUGGCGAGAUGGAGGCCCAGCGCUGGCGCGACGAAGUCGAGCAAGCGCGCAUGACGCCUGAGAGCGCAACGGGCACUGCCGAGUCUAUGCGCGGGCAGACAGAGUCUCUGCGCGGGCUGAGCGAGUCCGCACGUGGGCCGUCUACCACGCGCGAGGUCAGCGCCGUGAGCGAGGCGUCGCAGCACGCGAAUGGAGAUGCGGAUGCGGUAGACGGGACAUGGCAAGAUGUCGAUGGGACGUGGCGGAUCUUGCCGGUGCAGGCGCCACAGCCGCCGCCGCCGGCCGCUCAAGGCGGACCUGUGGCGAUGGAUGUCGACGGGGAAGGCGGACCACGCGAUGCUGCUGAUCAUCCCACUUCCGAUACCGACGCGGACGCAGACGGCGAAGACGAAGACGGAGCACCAUCAGCGCCGCAGGACAAGGCGGCGAAGGCCGAGGCUCUGGAUGAAGCUGAUGCCCUCGGGGAUGCGGACGCCGACGCCGACGCCGACGCCGACGAAGAUGCUGAUGCUGAUGCCGACGCUGAUGCUGAUACCGACGACGAGAGCGGGGUGGCGAAGACUCCGCCACCACUGCGCGAGGGCCAGCGUUUGACGCAUUCGCCCGGCGGUACGGCCGUUGUCGAGGAGUUUGAUACGCCGGCGGCGCGUCGCAUGAAGAAUGAUGCUAAGAGGGCGAAGGCUCAAAAGAAGAAACAGGCGGUCGAGGACGAGCUGCCGCAAAUGAGAACGCGCGCGGCACGCCGUAGCCGCAGCAGCACAGUGAAGAGUCGCGACAAAGGCAAAGCCAAGGCCAAGGAACCGCCGAAGCGUACGCGGACCAAAUCCAAUCGCAUGGUGCUCAAGCAGGCAGUAGACGAGUCUGGGCCUGAUGACGACGACGCCGGACCAGCGUCGUUGGAGAAUUCGGCCUCAGCCUCAGAGGCAAAGCAAGAUGCUAUACUCGGUUCCGAUCUGUCGGACCUGUCCGAUCUGGAUUCGGCUGCAGAAGGCGGCGAGGAGGAUGGUGACAUGCCAGAGGAUACGGCGGAACGGACGGUAGAUGCUUCGCCCGACAAGGACGUCGCCCACAAGGGUUUCGUGGAUUACUCGGAUGGCAUACCCUACGGUACGCUCGUCUGGGCCAAAAUGGCUGCAUACCCAUACUACCCUGCGCGCCUCGUCAAUCCCAAGAGCAAAGAAGUGUCGCCCGCUGUGGCUAGAGCUCAUAAAACUCAACUCAAGAAGAAGGGCCAUUCGAAAUGGCUACUCGUGCAAUUCUUUGACGCCGGAAACGAUUGGGCCACAAUAGAUCCCACAAAACUUAAGUAUCUGUUCCGUUUCGCAGACGUAGACGAGGAAAUGCUCGAGGUUAAGGGACAAUAUCGCGACGACGUGCUUGCGGCGUAUGAUCAAGCAGAGGCAAGACGAGAAGAGUUCGAGACGUGA